AAGGCAUUGACUUUUUUACUACUGGUGAUGAUAACGUAGUUUUGUUUGGUCAGAGGGGAGUAUAUAUGGAGUACGGAGUAGUUUAUUUUGCAAUAACGUGUUUAUGUUAUCAUGACCCUUGCCAUUUAUAGGAAGUGCUUCUGAGAAAGUAGGGGUACAAGUUGCUUAAGUUCCAACCCCAUCUUGGACAACAUUGCUGAAGCUCCUAGGGUGCCAUCAUGGAAGCAGCAGAUGAGGAGAGGCCACUGAUUCAUCACCUGCCUCCACAGGAUGAUGAAGCUUCCAAAUAUACUAGUGACGGAACGGUUGAUAUUAACAAUCAGCCUGCUCCGAAGCAGACCACGGGGAACUGGAGAGCAUGCUUCACUAUUUUAGGUUCUGAGUUCACCGAAUGCAUGGCCUUUUUCGCAAUCGGAAAGAACCUGGUCAGAUUUCUCACGAGUGAACUUCAUGAGACCAAUGUGGAUGCCGCCAAGAAUGUGUCCACCUGGAUCGGCAGUUGCUUCCUCACUCCGGUUAUCGGGGCGUUCUUGGCCGACACAUACUGGGGAAGGUACAAGACCAUAGUGAUCUUCCUCUUGGUGUACACCAUUGGAAUGCUCAUUUUGACCGUUUCAGCAUCGCUCCCCUUGAUCAUGGUUGUGCCAUCCAACAGCGGAAUCCGCCGGGUCGCAGUGUACCUGGGGCUCUACCUUGUUGCCCUUGGCACCGGUGGCGUCAAGCCCUGCGCCUCGGCCCUCGGCGCCGACCAAUUCGACGCCACCGACCCGGUGGAGCGGGCGACCAAAGGGUCCUUCUUCAACUGGUACUACUUCUCCGUCAACAUCGGCUCUCUGCUGUCGGGAACCGUGCUCGUCUGGGUGCAGGAAGACAUCGGGUGGGGAGUCGGGUUCGCGGUCCCGAUGGUGCUCAUGGUGUGUGGCCUCGUCGUGUUCGUCGCCGGUAGGAAGGUGUAUAGGUACAAGAAAUUGGGAGGGAGUCCCUUGACAAGUGUUGCCCAGGUGGUUGUUGCAGCUGUGAGGAACUACCAUCUGGUGCUGCCUGGGGAUGCUUCAGGAAUUGAGUAUGCCCGACAAUUCAGUGGGAUGUCACCGAAGCAUUGUAAAAUUGUCAUUGAACUCACAUCGGGCGAGAUCUCCAGGUUCUUUGACAAGGCUGCCAUUGUAGCGCCCUCGACCGGCGAGAAGUGUACAGCAGCGCGGACGAGCCCAUGGAGACUCUGCACACCGUCCCAGGUCGAGGAGCUGAAGAUGCUGCUCCGGAUGUUGCCCGUCUGGGCAUCCAUGGUGCUCUUCUUCGCCGCCACCGCGCAGAUGUCAUCAACGUUGAUUGAGCAGGGCGGGGUCAUGGACAACCGCGUCGGCCCGUUCACCGUCCCUCCGGCGGCCCUGGCAACCUUCGACGUCCUCAGCGUCAUGAUCUGCAUCCCCAUCUACGACGCCGUGCUGGUGCCGCUGGCCCGGCGCGCAACAGGCAAGGACCGCGGCCUGUCGCAGCUGCAGCGGCUCGGCGUCGGCCUCGCGCUGUCCGCCGUCGGCAUGGCGUACGCGGCGCUGAUCGAGGCGCAGAGGCUGUCCCUCGCGCGGGCCGGCGCGCCGGCAAUCAGCAUCAUGUGGCAGGCGCCAGCGUUCGCCGUGCUGGGCGCGGGGGAGGUGUUCGCCUCCAUCGGCAUCCUCGAGUUCUUCUACGACGAGUCGCCGGACGGCAUGAAGAGCCUCGGCAAUGCGUUCGCGCAGCUCGCCAUCGCGGCCGGGAGCUACCUCAACUCGGCCGUGCUCGGCGCCGUGGCGGCGACCACGGCGCGCGGCGGGGAGCCCGGGUGGAUCCCGGAAGCCCUGAACGAGGGCCACCUGGAUUACUUCUUCUGGAUGAUGGCUGCCCUUUGCUUGAUGAAUUUGGCUCAGUUUGCGCAUUGCUCCAUGAAGUACAGAGGAAAAACAAUUUGUUGAUACAAGAUUUGGAGCAGCUGUUCUGCAUCAAAAGAAUGCAGGACUGACAGAAACAUGGCCAUUUUCAUCUAUUAUGAUAAGAGGAAGACAUCGAUCUUUUAGGUCUUCUUUGGAAGGGAAGGAUUGAUCUAGGAAUUUUUAGGAUUUCAUUCAAGUUUGCAGUAGAUAUUUGGAACGUGAAACUACCAUUCUAGACAGGCCAUUAAUGUUUUCCCAUGGUAAAUAAAGUUUUCUUCUUCUGUGAUACUACCA